AUGAUUCUACACCAGCGCGGCCAUCAGACCUACGAGGAUACUAUAUACAAAUCCAGCCAUCACUUCACCGAGUACACCGGGACAGGGCUAGCUUCAUUCAAGCACCAUUUCAAGGCGGGCACCAAGAGUCUCUUUCUCCGAGACAAAGACAUGAACAAGACAUAUGCCCUCACCUGCCGUCAUGUCAUAUCCGGAAACAGCGAUGUCAAUAUCCAGCAUCAACACGACGACACCCAUGCUCGCACUGUCAUCCAGCCAGGGCAAGUUACAUUUAAUGAACUUGCAGAAGAGUUUGAGGAAAAGUACGCUGCCUAUACAGAGGCAGCCCGUCUUCGAACUUCCGCUCUCCGGCUACCAACUAUUAGCCCCAAGAUCACUCUUAUUACAGACUUGAUUCCCGAAGCCGAGUUAAAUGAGUCUCGUAUCACUCUCGUGAAGCAUGGCGCCAAAACCGGCUUCAUCGAGGAAGUCAGCACCGGUAUCGAAUCCAUCACUCGCCAACCGCCGUCGAGUGGCUCUCAUUUCGUGUCUCGAGAGUGUUGCAUAGAUGCGGAGGAUGACUCGCCUUUCUCAAAAGUGAGGGAUUCAGGAUCUUGCGUUUUCAACACGUCUGGGCGACUUGGAGUCAUGAUUACUGCUGGCUUGACAGGAAACCGGGAUGUCGUUCCUUCCAGUUCACAAGUUGGUCUCACGAGUUUGAACAAAACUAUAAGGCAAUAG